AUGGCGAAUUCAUUCGGUGCGGCUUUUCGGUCGUUCUGGCACACCAUGACCAGCAAUGACAGACAUUCCUCCUUCGACUCACCUCAGCGCAGUGGCCGCCACGUCCCUCUACAGAAUGGCGGCAGCAGCACCCCCUUCACUGGUGUGGCAACAGCCGGAGAUUCGCGCGCCGACGUGUCAUCACCGUACUACGAUGACAGUGGUCGAUUUUCACCUUCAAACGAUACCCCGGCAAGUCCCAAUGGCGGGUCAUACUCGCCUGGCUUGCGAUCAAUGGCUGCCAGGAAUGCGAGCCAGAGCGAUGGUUUUGAGGCACAGGCUUCCGGAGAGGUCCCCAUGCAGCCCUUUGAGGACGGCCACGCCCCGCCUCCUCCAGUUGGUCAUUCUUGGCGACGGAUCAUGGACUGGGCCGAGGAACAUUACACAGAGCUCUGGGAUCAGAUUUGCGAAGGUGCCACAGUCAACGAUCUCAACGAACUCGAACAUCAGCUGGACUGCUCGUUACCACAGGAUGUGCGGGAGUCUCUCAUGAUCCACGACGGGCAGGAAAGAGGCGGAAGACCUACCGGCAUCAUUUUCAGCGCCAUGCUACUCGAUUGCGAAGAGAUAGUGCAAGAGUGGGAUCAAUGGAGACGGGUGAAUGAGCAGUUCCUGCAAGAGGCCAGGGUCCAGCACACAACGAUACCCUCCAAGGCGUUUGGCGGUAGUAAUGGCGAAGCCUCGUCCUCAAAGCAGCGACCUCAAUCGCAAGGCAGCAACCCCGACGAAUGGCGCUCGUCUCUGCUCUCCAAGCAGACAUGCGUCCCCCCUGGCGCUUGCCGACAGGCUUACGCUCACCCUCGCUGGAUUCCUCUGGCGCGAGACUGGGGAGGCAACAACUUGGCUGUUGACUUGGCCCCCGGACCCAAAGGCAAAUGGGGCCAGAUCAUCAUUUUCGGACGAGACUACGAUACAAAAUACGUUGUCGCCCGCUCAUGGUCAGCUUUCCUAGCGCAGGUGGCCGACGACCUUCACAGCGGCAAAUGGUUCAUUGACGAUGACUCUGGCGAACUCAAAUUGCGGGAAUUCAAGGAGAAGCGUGUCGAGCCACCAUACUUUGGCAUCCUUCGUUGGAGGAUGGACCAGAAGUACGGACGUCGUGCUCCUCCGCGCAAGCCCAUGCCUCCCCCGGCAAAGGCCGGGUCCCCUCUAGGGUCUCGUUCAUCUUCACCAUACGCUAGUCCGGCCGACGUUGCUGGCGAUGCUAGAGGUCGUUCGAUGCAGCGUGUGCGUGGCUCGCCACUCGCAAGUCCCAUGCGCACUGGGUUUGGGAAACAGCCUCCACUGUAUAGGGUCACUGAGGAGGCUGUCCCUGAGGAGCUACAAAGCGCCAUCAUUCAGCCUUCGACAUUGGUAGAGGUUGAGAAUCCGCCCGAGAGCCAGGAGUUGAAGAACCCGAGGGUGGAGACGCUGGCGCGCUCCGAAUCAGACUUGAUCAAGCUCACGAAAGACAAAGGAAACGCAUCCUCCGAUGUCGCCAAGGACAAACAGCCCCAGGUUGCCGAUGAGUCGAUGAGGGAGAUUGAGAUAUGA